GCCAAAUGGCAAGUAGAAAAGACUAUUUUGAUAGGAAUGCUUCAAGAGUAUAUCUGCUUGAUAGCUUUCCUCGGUGGAGAGCGUUCAAAGAAGAAAAUGGCAUAGAAACUGACAGGGAUGUUGCGAACAUGCUGCUUGAUCGGUACAUGGCAAGGAAUCUGAACGUUUGGUGUGUGAUGAUAAGACAUGAGACAAGAAAACAUUUGAGCUUUAAAUUCGUAUCAUAUAUAGCUAUGUACUGUAUUGAUAAAUAUAUUUGCAUAUUUUAGCGACGCAGAGAUUCAAACGGAUGAGGCGAGGACAUUGUCAAGCGAUAAGUCAGUGACAACUCCGACCAGAAGCAGGAAUGAACAUGAUUUCCCCCUUCCUGGUAAGAUAUUGUUGUUGCCGUAAUUAUUAAAUUAAAACACGUUUACAUGAUGCUCAUGAACACAUAUGACAAGCAAAUGUAACUAGGAUGUUCUUUUAUCUAGUUGAUAGUUCAACACCAAGCACUACAACUACAAGAAGUCGGCGGUGCUUGUCUGUGGAUACAAUUUCAACAUUGUCUGCAAAGUCUUUCCGGUAAUUUGAGUCUCAACUCUAUCAUCACAUCUCAUUGUUCGAACAAAUGCAAACAAACAAUGAAAAAUUACUGUUAAAGUUAGGGUACACUCUGUAUGUAAACAAAGCCUUUGUUUACAUUUCGGUAUUCAAAAUAUUGAACUUUAUUCAACAACUAUUUAUAUUUUCAUGCUUGUACAGUAUAAUCAAUGAUCAAGAUACAACAAUCAGGCUUUGCAAGAACAUAAAAUGAAAUAAAAACCUAAUUAAAGUGUUUAUAUCACGGCAUGAGACUCCUAUGUGUGCAUGUGCAGACUGGACUGUACCGUAUCUUUAACCAAUAAUUUCCUGCUAUAUAGCUUUACUGUAUAUUUUUACUUAUUAGAUCUGACCCAUAUAUCCCAUAAGUGAAGAGACCUUGAGUGCAAGUUCUCCUGGCAUGAAAAGUGAUAGUGAAGAAAGUGAAGGUGACAUUGAUGACUUAUUAAUACAAAUUUAUUACAGGCAUUAAAAUUAUUUUAUUGGUAAGUCAAGAAUUCUUUAGAAAUAUAUUACUGUCGUUCCAAUUGAAGUGUUGCUCAAAUAUUGAUUCAAUACAUUACCUUGGGCUGACCAAUUCAUUUCAUUGAGUUCCUCGAGAUAUUCAUAGACUUCCUAGUAUAAUUGUAAACUUCCUGUUCAAUAGUUUGAAUGCACCAAUCACCUUUGUUGUUUGUGCAACUAACCAAUCAUAAAUAGAAAGGAAGUGACCAGAAAUGAUCAAAUACUUGGAAUUGACUCUUUCACAGGAAGUGUAUGAAUAUCUCGAGGAACUUGAUCAAAUGAAUUGGUCAGCCCGAGGUAAUGUAUUUAAUCAAUAUUUGAGCAACACUUCAAUUGGAACGACAGUAAAUCCAUGUUAUCAAUACAUAACUAUACCAUAUAUAGCACAUACUUGUAUACCUGAAAUUUUAGAUCAUUUGAUCCUGGUUUUGAUCAACCAUUGGUAGAUGACUUGCUCAAUGUAACUAUCAAUGCACAUGAUGGAGAUGAGCCUGAUGAUGGGAUUGAAGAAGGCGGAUCCAGCCAACCAGUUACAUUACAUCUGUGUGUCUCGACCGUAGAAGUUGUGAUCUCUACAUCUACAUCACAUCUCUACAUGGGAGUGUCUGUAAAUGACAAGAUUGUGGUCGUCCCUUGGUUUAUCAUAAAAUCUAUGUGGGAACAUGCCUUGUGGUAUCCUGGAAGUGUCCGUCUGGGCAUGUUGGUGGGAGAUGGGCAGCUCAACCAUCUUGUAACAAGAUCAGAGCAGGAAAUCUGA